AAGCCAAAAUCUGGGUAUGUGCAUUUCGGCCUCAAGUUAUUUGUGUUUUGAAAAUUAGUCCGUAAUACAAGGAGCCGAUGGUCAUUGUAAGAAAUUGUGACUUUUUUCUCUAUCUAUAAUUGCGUAUUUUCCAGGUCAUUCCGUCAUGUCGCUUCCAUUUUCCAUUUCAUUUGUUGUAAUUCUUUCAGUUGCUUUUAGAAAAGAAAUUGCUUGCUUGCAAUGGAUGUAUUAAAGGGGAACUUAACAGUAGAAUAAUCCUUUUGGUUUAGCCCAAGUAUCAGACAAUUUUAUUUUUUAAAAGCUGGAGAGGAAGAGUAACGCCUGGCACAAAUAUUAGACACGACGUCGCUGUCAAAAUACAUCGUCUGUCAAAAUUGCCCAGCUUCAGUGACUCGGUGGUAGCACAAUCAAUUUAUAAACAGUAUUUAGUAUGUAGAGAAAUAUUUAGAGCCAGCUUUUGUAAAUCAUUAUGUAUAUUUGUUAUCAUUAUAUUAUCAUUUAUGUAUCAGGCGCUUUUCCAAGGAUCGGCCGAUGGGGGGUGCGGAGUCAUAGGUAGCAUAUGGAAAAAGUACAGUAUUUGAGGAUUCCUUUUUAAGAAAUGACCCACUUUUUGGGGGGUGCGCGCGCACCCUGCGCACCCCCCGUGUACGCGCCUGUGUAUGUUUGUAAGAAUUCAAUAAUUAUCGGAGAGCCACAUGUAUAUUAUCUGUAUUGAUACUAGGGGUCACUCUCAAUAAAAAAUGAACUAACUUUACUAUAAUUUAUCAUUACACUAAUUUAUCACGACAACUCGCCAACGUGCACUCGUGCAUUGCACGUUUCGCCGCCUGAAAGUAACUUUAUUCUUCGUGAUGCACAAAUAUAUAAUUAAAACUAGGCAGUAACUAAAUACGUGAUUACAAUCAUAGAUACAAAUAACAAUAAUAAAUAACGUGGAAUAAACUUACGACUCUUGAAUAUCGUCAUACUUGGGUGGCGCCAUUUACACUCGCACACAACUCAAUAACAAAAACACGUGACCUUUUGGUCAUUUGGGCAGCCUGUGGUGUAUGGCGCUACAUUAUUAAAAUACAGAGGAAAACGCAAAGAUGAUGGAUAUGCCCAUGGCACAACUUAAAAAAGUGUUAUACGUAAAUUAAAUGCACAUCCACGUCACUUAAUUUUACGGAAUUUUCAUCUACUGUUAGAUAAACCUCUACUUGGACACAAAUUUUAUGAAUUAUUGAUUAAGCUCACUCAAUCAACUCGCGGGAAGUACCGCCAACAGUCCCAAGCAUUUUUCGCUCUCACAGACAAAUUUCUUGAAAUUUCGUCUGAUAAAUGAUUUCCGUAUUAAGGAAGCUUUAGGGCAUCCAAAUUCCCAUCCUCUUUAGUAUAUCUAGUAGAUCUUAGCUUCGAGAAACCAAAAAGUAAAAUUGCAGAGUUCUUCUUAAAAUGAAGAGAGAGACCAAUCAUACAUGCCUUUAUUUAGCACGCGUACCGAAUUGACAUGAUAGUGUUCUACUCUUUUUUAUCUUUGGAAAGGAAAAAAAAAACGGAAAGAAAGACAUAACACCUCCUAGUCACACUGGUCUGCACAACUUGUUUAAUGGCAUCUUCUAUGAAAAGUGGCUAGUUUAAAUUUAAUGGCAACUAAUUUGAAUAGGUUAAAUAGGGAAUAGAUAGAUUUUCUACUACACUGAAAAUAGCUGGCGCUAUAAAUCAAAAGUUACCACAAAAACAUUUACCUAAUAUUUUUUUGUGAUUAAGAAUGUGUCGGUCAGAUGAAGAGCCUUUAUGUUUAUCCAUCCAUAUGUGUUUAUGCCUACAGAUGAAGCUAUCAUCAAUAAAACAGUCUGUGACCGGAGGAAAACAACUUGUACUAUUCUGUGAAGCUUAUGGUCACCCUGUGCCUAGAAUCACGUGUUCUAGAGCCCCUAAGCCUUUUGGCUCAGCGGUCGUAGGUUCUGAGUUGAGGAUAGGGAAGGUUGAGAGGCCAGACGAGGGUCUUUACUCGUGCAGUGCGUUUAAUGUCGUUGGGAUGAGUUGAGGAUAGAGAAGGUUGAAAGGCCAGACGAGGUUUUGUUCUCGUGCAGUGCGUUUAAUGGCGUCGGGAUGAGUUGAGGAUAGGGAAGGUUGAGAGGCCAGACGAGGGUCUGUACUCGUGCAGUGCGUUUAAUGGCGUUGGGAUGAGUUGAGGAUAGGGAAGGUUGAGAGGCCAGACGAGGGCCUGUACUCGUGCAGUGCGUUUAAUGGCGUCGGGAUGAAUUGAGGAUAGGGAAGGUCGAGAGGCCAGACGAGGGUCUGUACUCGUGCAGUGCGUUUAAUGGCGUCGGGAUGAGUUGAGGAUAGGGAAGGUCGAGAGGCCAGACGAGGGUCUGUACUCGUGCAGUGCGUUUAAUGGCGUCGGGAUGAGUUGAGGAUAGGGAAGGUUGAGAGGCCAGACGAAGGUCUGUACUCGUGCAGUGCGUUUAAUGGCGUCGGGAUGAGUUGAGGAUAGGGAAGGUUGAGAGGCCAGACGAGGGUCUGUACUCGUGCAGUGCGUUUAAUGGCGUCGGGAUGAGCUGAGGAUAGCAAAGGUUGAGAGGCCAGACGAGGGUCUGUACUCGUGCAGCGCGUUUAAUGGCGUCGGGAUGAGUUGAUGCCCGUCAUAGUGAAUUAUAAACCUGUAAUCAGCCGAAGUUUAUCGAAAUCUAACACAAGCUCCUGGGUGGAGCACACCGUCUCCCUACAUUGCUAUGUCAGCGGCUCUCCCCCACCAGUUAUAACGUGGUACAACCCCGCUUCCCACGUGACAAGCGUACCAGGUGGCUCCGUCCUCACUGUCACAACAAGGAGCGAACAGGAUUAUGGGAGUUACACCUGUCGCGCCGUCAACAGUGUAGGAAGUCACGAACACGUGAUCUCUGUCAUCCAAUGGACCCCGCCAGGUAAACCAGAGAGCAUUUCAAUGAAUAGAGACCCCCCGGAAAGACCAGUUUCUACAGUUACACUAAGGUGGUCCACCCCUUUGUGGAACGGGGGGUCACCUCCAAUAGACUAUAAGGUAGAGGUUGGCACGGUUCCUGUACGCGAAGGCAUAACAUCAACCCUUGUUGUAAUUACGGGUCUGAAAGAAGACGCGCGGUAUACCGUGAAAAUAUAUGCGCGGAACAUCGUUGGAUUCGGAUUGCCGCUGACUACAGAAAUAAGAACACGCAGAGGGACGCCACUUGUACCGCAUGUCAAUGAGACACAAGUGACCAAUCAAAACGUUAGGAUCACAUGGGACAAUCCGGAAGACACCCAAUUACUCAAUACACCCUCUACCAGAGAACCUGUUCCUGCGAUGAGACUCCGAAUUGGACAGCGGUGGCUAAAAUAACAAGUUCUUACCAAAGCGAGUUUGAAGUUAGCGGUUUGUCAUGGGAGACUACUUAUCAGUUCGCUUUGGCAGAGUGGAAUAAGCAAGGAGAGAGCCCCCGAAACCGAUCAGCGGCUGCACCUGUUAAAAUUGCCGAAGGUAUGGAUGCGUUCUUGUUUCCCAUAAUGCAGUGCUUUUUUUUUUCUGUACACAGUACAAACUUGUAUACGAAAAUGUCCAAA